GAUAGAAAGGUUGUACAAACUGAUAUCUAUGGAAAAUGGAGUCGAUACAUUUUAUCUGAAGUUCUCCCAUCCUUACAUGUUAAAUUAUUGGGUGAAAUCGCCAGAAUAAAUUAUGAGCAUUUUAAGAAUUCUAAUAUCAAAUCCGAAAAUUUUGUUUCAUGUACUGCAAAAUCUUGGUGA